CUGGAGAGGUGGGGCCCGGUGGAGGUGGCGGUCGGGAGUCUAGGCGACGGGGCGUGACGGGUCGGGAAGUGGCCGGGCCAGAGCCGGCGGGAGGGCCUGGCACGGAGCCCCCACAGUGGCGUGCCCACCCCGGCCACGGCCGAGGAGGAUGAUCUCUAGAUACACUCGGAAGGCUGUGCCACAGAGCUUGGAGCUGAAAGGAGUAACAAAACAUGCUCUUAAUCAUCAUCCCCUCCCAGAACAACUGGAUGAAAUUUCCUCUAUGAACGACAGCCAUGAAAAAGACCUAAGUUCCCACAGUGAAUCUGACAUCACACAAGAAUCACCUUUUACAUCAGCUGACACUGGGAAUUCGAGGUCUGCUUUUCCAAGCUAUACAGGCACAAGGAUCUCUACUGAAGGCAGUUUGGACUUCUGGAGAUAUGGUGAAGUUGAUCAAAAUGCCACUGAAAAAGUCCAGGCAAUGUUCACAGCCAUUGACGAGCUCUUGUAUGAGCAGAAGUUGAGUGUACAUACUGAGCGUCUAUACGAAGAGUGCCAACAGUGGACACGUAGCUUUCCUCACCUCAGAAUUCUGGGUAAGCAGAUAAUCACUCCAAACGAAGGUUAUGGACUGUAUCCUAGAUCCCCUUCUGCUGUGUCAGCUUCGUAUAAGGCAACACUAUCUUGGGAAAGAGAUUCUACUACAUUUGGUAUUAGGGGAAAGAAAUUCUAUCUUUCACCUUACACCAAUAAACCAUCUUCCACUGCCAAAUCCCGUGGCUUGUGUUCUAUAGAAAGAGAAGAAGACUGCGUAAUCUUUUCUGAAGGAAUAAUAGAGGAAUAUCUAGCAUUCGACCACACAGAUAUGGAAGAGGGAUUUCAUGGAAAGAAAUCAGAAGCAGCUGUUAAGAAACAGAAAUUAGGGUACCCUCCCAUUGUUCCAUUCUACUGCAUGAAAGAGAAUGUCCUUGCUUACGUGUUUGACGAUGUGUGGAGCGAGGUUCUGAGCUGUAUGGAACAGCUGACCGGUAAUCACUGGGAGGGAUUUGCUUCUGAUGAUGAGAUUAGUAUUGCAAUUACCAGACCAGCUUCAGAAGGUCCCUGUCUGCUGAGUGAACCACAGCCUUUGUUCUUACCUCGAGUGCCACAAUCUAAGGUGCCGUCUAUCACCUCAAAUCCGAUACGUCUCUGUCAAGCAGCAAGUGGACAUCAGCCAAAUGUGAAUGGUCUCUUGGUUCAUGGGAUGCCUCUACAAACAAGAAAUCUCCCCCUAAUGGACAAGCUCCUAGACCUUGACGAGCUACUUAGGAGACCUGGGUCCAGUACCAUCUUUUCAACCCGAAAUUGGCCAGAUCGAGCCUUGGAGCUAAGUACUUCAGCUCUGUCAUAUACAGUGCAGUCUGCUGGGAGACGAAAUCCCCCACCACGCACCCUUCACCCCAUCAGCACAAGCCAUUCAUGUGCUGGAACACCAAGACCUAUGGAAGAAAUCCUCAGAGGCUCCCAUGUGUACCCAGUGGCAGCCAACUUGCACUCUCCUUCACCAGCAGUGCCCCGGAGUCGAAAUCAUCUGCUGCCACCUAUUGGCACAGCUGAAGCGGAACACUUGAGCCCUGUGGGGCCACAAAGGCAAACGAAAAACCAUGGUGAUUCCAGUCGAGCUCAAAGCGCAGUGGUGGACAGGCCUAACUACCAGCAGCCCCAGGAGAGGCUCCUUUUACCUGACUUUUUCUCCAGGCCCAAUACAAUUCAGUCAUUUCUGCCAGAUACACAGUAUCAUCGUUCAUGCACUAUUGAGUACCCUCAUCAGGCCCAAACUGGUAGGGGCUCUGCAGGGACAGGUGGGACCAUGACUCUUAUUUUACCAUGUAAAUAUGUUAAGACCCUGCCUUUGUCUUACUUUUUUCUAUGCUUACUUUCCCUUCCUCCAGAUUUUAUUAUAUUUUUUGUUUUCCUACAUCUUUAUAUAUCACUACAAAUUCAUUUCUGGAGGAUGGGACAUAAUAAAAAAAGAGAAUUCUAUUGCUCAGAACCAGAAAGUUCCAGAUUUCUGUUUUCUCAUAUAUAAAUUAACCUCUCACUCCUCUAAGUAUAGUACUUUGUUUUAAUCUAAAAUUUAAGCCAAAUAAGUUAUUUUUAUAUAACAUUCAAACACUGAGUGCAUUUUUGUUAUGUAGGCAAAAUCCAUAUUGCUAUGAAUUAAACUGCUUUGGUCAGCUAGCCUGCUAGGUCAAAAAAAGAAAUUCCAAAAUGUUAAAAUAUUCUGAGUCUGUUUCUAUUCUAUUAACUUUUUUGAUUUCUAAAUUAUAUUCUUUAGAUUCUAUUUUCACAGAAGUGACAGGAGUAAAUUUAAGGGUGUGUUCAUUCCUCCUACAAUGGUUUUCUCUCCAUCAUCAGGGUCAUUCUCAUUACGUUGUAGGUAAAAUUCAGAAGUACUAGACAAUUGAAAUGGUUCCUGCUAAUAAUAAAGCUUACUCAGCAAGUAUAUUAAAAAAUAAUAUGCCUCAAACCAGCUCUGUAGUCCAGGUGAAUUCCCUUAGUUCAUCUCCUAGUGGAAU